AUGUCUACAAACUCCAUGUACUUUUCGCGUUAUCGACCUGCAAAGCCUAUCACAGAUGAUUUGCGCCGUCAUUGUCAUAUACUUCUUGAUGAAGGGCUAUACACCAACGCACUUAGCCUCCUCACAGAUGUUCUCAUUGUUGGGGCCUCUCAUCCACACAGUCAAGAAAUGCCAGCAUUUGCGCCCAUACCUUUUCAUGUCGAGCUCGUUAGUACACUUCUUGUCCAUCCCCGAUAUACGAACCAAGCGGAUACGGAUGAACAUGGUGAACUCGCCUCGCAAUGUAUUUUCCUCCUUCGUAACAUCCUAGGCAUUCUUGGGCCAAUUAAUUUCAAAUUUACCGAGGCCUUUUCGUAUGCACCAAUAGCUACGGGCGAUAAACUUACUAGCGGCCCUUGCCGUGUAGCCACCGGACCCGGAGAAACUUCAGCUCGAUCAGAUUUCGAAGAUACGAUAAACCAUGUGCGAGGCGAUAUUGGCAAUAAAGGCCGAAUUCGUCUGUGCGCCAGAGAUUUCUGGCACAUGGUCGGCUGGUCAGGCAACUGCUCAGCCAAGUACCCUUUUAGAUGGAGGUACCUGAAGGUGUGGCUAGAGUACAUGGUGGAUGUCUUGGUAGCUGAUUGGAAGGAACGGCAACGGCUUGAACUGGAAUCGUCGAACUUGUGUGAAGUUGAAAUCAAUGAGAGGAACCAAACCUUGCUACAACAGUCAUUGAUCGUAUCGUAUCUCCCCGGUGCCCGUGUUUCUCGUGCAACCGCUAUCCGCCGUAUUGUUCAAUCCCUCUUCACAGAUGGAAGCAGCAGUAGCCUACGAGACUUCCCCCCGGUCUUUCCUAAUGAAACCAAAGAGCUCAAGUUCCAUACUCAUGCGAAGCUGAUGAAAUCUGACGCUAUCUCUUCGAGUCGGGACAUUGAGGAAGAACUAUAUGAGCCGGAAGGUGAAGAAUUGGCAUUGUCUUGUGAGAAAAUAGAUGAUACUGAGGAUGGUGUUACCGUUACAGAAUCAUCUAUUGAAGGAAACGAGAUCAUGACUCUGCGUCAACGUCUUUUCACGCUUCUCGUUAGCGUCGCAAAUUUUCUACCUACUCACCUUACUACCCCGCCCGAACUCAUAAAUCUACUUUGCGACGCUAUACAGCCAACUCCCUUACCGCAGUUCACCACUUUCAUAGGCUCCUGUACUGCUUCAUUCCUCACGGAAUCUAUCCAGCUCAGUCUUUGCCAGGCAUUACUUUGCCGUUUACUUCCUCGAUCAACUCUCCGCCCUGGUCCCAAUGCUUCUGACAUCAUAUCUCAACAAACUCUCGAGACUUGUUACUUGCCGUUCACUGCUGUUACAUCGUCACCUAUUGAGAAUACAAAGGUUUCCCUCCUUCUGGAAAACUUAUUACGUAGGCUUAUCAUAUCCCACCGUGCAUACGCGACGCCGUCUCUCAAAGAAGCUCUUGAGACGGGAAUCAUGGCACGGCAAAGUCUUGCAUCAAGAUUAGGCAAACGGGCUCGUUCAAGCCAAGUCGGAGACGAAAUUCGGCGGCUAAAUGCUAGCGGUAUACGCCUACAGUCACAGCUUGCUUUACUGAAGAAAAAACCCCUUACGACCGUAGAAAUGGUGACAGAUUCCAAUGAAGUAGCUUGA